AUGCCUGACGUGUACUCCGCGCGGCCGGUACUGGUGCGCCAACUUCGCGUCCCUUUCCAGAUUACCGCCUCAUCGACUUUGGCCUACAGUUUCCCUUCCCUGACUCUUCUCGGCCACUUGAUGAACAUGUCUGUCAUACUUGCCUUCCCAGAUCUGUACUCACCCCGAUGCUCGCCCUUCUCAUACAGCGGUGGAUUCGCCCCCACGUCCAUCGUCUACUUCUUCUUUACCCCCCAGGGAUUCGUCAACGUCGUCCCUGUCAUGCAGAUCCCCAUCACCCCUGGCCACGUUUUCGAUCCCUCGCCCUCGCAGUAUCGUAUUCCCCUACCUUUCGUCCUCCUCUCUGGACCAGGACUUGCCAGUGGAUAUGAAGAGAGACUACUGGGUAUUGGCGAGAGGGACAUCUUGCCUCCAUUCCGCCAUAGAGAGUGCAAGGAGAGAUGA